UGUGCGGAGCGGACUACAACACGGCUGUGGACUGGUGGUCAUUCGGGAUCACCAUUUGCAGGAUGGCUUCCAAUAUGUUCCCAUUUUAUGGUGCAAAUGAUUAUGAUUUGAUCAUCUAUGAGGAGCCCAACAUACCUGAAUGGCUGCCUGAAGAUCUGAAAGACCUUUUGAAAAAGCUCCUGAAUAAACAACCUUAUGAUCGCCUGGGUGUGCAUGGAAAUAUCAGAUACCAUCGAUUUUAUUCAUCUAUUAAUUGGCUGGAACUUGAACAACAACGGAUACCACCACCUUUCCAGCCAUCUGAGGAACAUUUAAGGAAAAUUAAUGGAAAGGCUGUGUCAACUUUGGAUGUCUUGAUCCCCGGCCCCACCUCAAAGGAGCAAAUAACAAUUGAAGGUUUUUCCUUCCUUAACGCCAUUUGGCAAAAGGACUAAACCACCUGUCCCAGUUCUAGUUCCAGCAUUUCGUUUGCCACUUAAGAUUUUAAAAAUUUAAAGGAGAAAAAAAGAAGAGGUGAAAGAAGAGAGGUGAGUAGAGGAGAUAGGGAAAGAGUCCACACAGUCCAAAGAAAGAAGUGGAGAAGAGAAGAAGAGGACAAGAAAGAAAAGAGAAGAUGAAAGAAGAGCAAAGAGGAGAAUGAGAAAAGAGAAGAAAAAGGAGGAAGAGGAGGAAAGGUGAGAAAGAGGAUAGAGAAGUUAGGGAGUAAACAUGGUCCAGGAGAAGAAAGAAUAAAGAUGAGGAAAGAAGAUAGGAAAAAGAGGGCAGAAAAGAAGAGAAGCAGAGAAAAAAAGGAGAGAAUAGAAUAGACUAGAAAGAAGACAGCAGAGAAUAGAAAAGAAGAG